AUGAUUCCGUUUGGUACGACGUUUUUCGAAAUAAUAAUGCGAAUAAUUAUUGCGAUCUCGACCGCGGUUUGUUGGCCAACGGCCGCACGCGAUUCCAACGGGCUGUUGGCUCGGUGCGCCGUCCGGCUGUUGAACGUCGGCAACCCGAUGCGAACAACGUUCUACGUGACCAUUAGCCCGGCGGUCAGCCGCGAUUUCCGCACGGAACUCUUGUCCGCGAUGCACCGAGAUUAUAGAUCCGCGUUAAUGUUGCACGAGUUCGACGUCACGCCGUUCAACCCGAACAAAUACAUUGUGCCGCACGCGUACCUGGUGGUCGGCCACGACGCGUCCGAUCUGGCGGACCAUUUGGACAAGAUUAACGUGACGCACCCGUCGUGGCGACCGGACGCGAAUUUCGUCGUGGUCAUCGAAACGCCAUUGGCCGAGCUGAACCAACGGGUGCUGGAGCCCGUGUUUCGGCGGUUCUUGGUUAAGUUCAUUUUCCGGUCCGUGUUGCUCGCACCGCCGGUCAGCGGCGGUACCGUAGAAGCGUUAGCGUGGUUUCCGUUCCGGCGGCGUUGCGGCGUGUAUCACACGCCGAGGACGGUGGACACGUGCAGCGGCGUUUUCAGACGGGACAACAAUAAUGCUAGCGACGAUUACAGUAAUAAUAGUUUUACCGUGCCGCGGUGGAACGUCGGCGAUAACAGUGUAUUCGAAAAACGAAUACCGGACGUGUUCAACGGUUGCACCGUAAAGAUAGCCGCGUUCUACUGGCCGCCUAUGGCGGUGCUGUCGAACGACACUCCCCGGACGAUGGUAAAAGGCAUGGACGUCGAGGUGGUCAAUUUGAUGAGCAGGAUCGGUAACGUGAAACUGGAGCUCAACGAGGUCAAAGACGACCAGCGAUGGGGCGUUCGUUCGGCGAACGGCACGUGGAACGGCGGGUUCGGCGAGUUGAGCAGACACCGGGCCGACAUCCUAAUAGGCGGAGGGAUCUUGUCGCCCGACCGUUCGUCCAUGUUCGAAUCCGCGCCGGCGCGACAGGUCAUCCGAUUCCCCAUGUACUCGCCCCAGCCCAGAAAGAUACCGUACUGGCAGAACAUGUUGAACGUGUUCUCCAGCAGCUUUUGGAUAACGCUGUUGGUCGUUUUGUUUUUGACGUCCGGUUUGCUCUGGCUGUCCGGCUCGCAUCUACCGUCGGAGAGACGCGCUUACGCCGACUGCGUCCACUGUUUCAUCAUUUCCUGGGCGAUAUUCUGCAGCGUGUCAAGCGGUCGACAGCCCACGUCGAUUCCGUCGAAAAUCGUAUUUCUCUCGUGGGUGAUAUACGUGUUGCACAUAAGCGCAGUGUACACGUCGAUGCAAUUGAUUUAUCUGUACAAACCUAAGUACGAACGCCGAAUUCGCACCAUCGACGAAGUCAAACAGUCCGGGCUUACGGUAUGCUGCGUGCCGACUUUUAUACCGAUCGCGCAAUCCAUUUCUAAAGAAAAUUUAAACAUGACCGACAUCACACCUUGCGUGGACAUCAAGGCGUCGGCCAAUAGAUUGAUACGGCAAAAAGACAUCAUCGUACUCGACCCGGAAGACCAUUUCGAGGCUUAUAUUUCGGGUUCAAAAGUCAAUAAAGUGGAAGAAGUCGUUCUCGUGUACUUUGUCGGCAUACACAUGCAAAAAGGAAGCCCAUACAAAAAAAUACUCACGAGAGCGCAGAUCAUAGCUUACGAAACCGGAUUGCAUAACAAAUGGAGACGAGAUGCGUUCCUCUCAAUGAUUCAACAGGUGCCGUUGAAAAAGGAAAGUGCCAUCAGAGUGACGAAACUGAAUUUCAAUAAACUACAGGGUGCGUUUAUAAUACUAAUAUGCGGACUUGGCAUCAGUGCAAUAGUAUUUGUUUUAGAAUGUUUUUUUUGA